AUGAAAACUACAAGAAGCCCUCCCUCACCAGUGAUACCAACAAAAAACAGAUUUGAAGUGUUACAAACACAGGAAACCACCUUACCACAACAACAGAUUCACACUCAAGCAACGUCAACAAAAGAAUCAACAAUACAAAAUGCGAUCGUGGAAGCCAUAAGAAGGAAGAACAAUGAAAUGCGAAUCAAAGCAAACAGGAGGACUACGUCCACAGUGGGAACACCACACACCCAAGAAAAAUCAAACGACACACGAACAAACAGCCCCCUCGCCCCACCUAGGAGGCUGCCGACACCACAAAAUCAACAUACUCAUCUGAUCAAACCAAAAGAGCAACCCCCACGAACAAAGGCACCGAGGGAACAAGCACAACAGGAACAGCCCACCAACCACCCUACAGAGGAACAACAGGACGCCCCCUCACCCACAAAAGCUCCGAGCUACCCUCCUACCCAAAAGGAGGCUCAUACCUCGACAUAUGCCUAA